AUGUUUAGCUCACUACUACCGCGUCCAAAACACUCAAACUACAAUCCUCAACUCCACUAUAGAAUUCACUCGCAAUCAACUCCAUCAAAUAAUACCUCACAAGCUCUUGUCCUACAUGAUGAAAGCUCAACCAUCGUCACCAACAACAAACUAGACAAUUCAUAUCGCACCAGCGCCAGUGACUCUACCAAAACGUAUGACGCUACAAUUCCUCUCAAAGUCAGAUUCCCCAACUUGGUUCAUGACUUUCCGCGACCACCACCUGACACUGCUGUGAUUGAAGAAACUCGAAAUAUAUUGACGGCACUUCUUGAGGCCAAGUUAGGAACACAAAGGAAGGAACAAACAACUUACAUAAACUAUACAGACAAUGCAUCAACACAGUUGACUAUACGCGGAAACGCGGAGAAUACGAUCUCCCCACUUACGACCUCCUCUGUUGCUGAGGCUCACGAUGAUAGUAGUGGUGGUGAUGGUGAUGGUGAUGGAAGAAUCAUCCAAAUCGAAACGAUGCAAGAAGACCCAUUACUCCCACCAAAACACAAACUCCGCAAAAACCGACACGAACGCCACGAUCAAGAACGAGAAGUAGGCCCCAUUUUGAAGAAAUCAGCCAAGGUGACAAAAGAAGAUCGACAAAAAUGGAACAUCCCCGCUGCGAUUUCCAACUGGAAGAAUAAUUCCGGGUUUACUAUAUCGUUAGAGAAGCGGGUCAUUGGUGCUGCUGCGGGUAGUGAGGCAUCCGCUUCUGUUGGAAGUGAAGGUGGAAGUCUGUUGAAUAUUGAAAAGUUUAGUGCUUUGAAUCAAGCGUUGAACCAGGCUGAAGUUAAAGCGAGAGAGGAUAUUACGCGUCGUAAUGAACUUCGACAACAGUUGGAAAUGAAUGAGCAGAGGCUGCGAGAGGAAAAGAUUCGGGAGAUUGCUAGUAGAAGUAGACAGAGGAGGUACUGA